AUGGAUGUAUCGAAUGAUACUGGACCGUCGAACAUGGACCCCGACUAUAGGUUCAUGAACUCAACCCUUUUGGAGCUGAUGGGUCCGGCAUGCCUUUGUCGGACCUCUGAGGGCUGGACUGUGUCCAACCGUAGGCCCUGGACGACGGCUUCAGCGGCGCAAACGCCAAUGCUACGGGGGGAGCCAGGAGAGUACGAGCUUACGCCUGUCCAAAUGACGGAGUUCAACGUGUUCCCGCCGCCGGGCGCGAACAUCGAGGUCGGCGUCAUGACCGGGCCCCUGCGCACGCACUCGAGGAGGUCUACCUACGUGUUCGCGGAGCUGCUCGACGGGCUCGACUGGUCGACCAUGUCUGGUGGAUCGAUCUUUGGCUCCUUGCAGAGCGAGGGUGCCGACGGGGAGGCGGGAGGAAGCGGAGACGGGAUGGACAUGGAUGGGGUUGACGCGAACCCGAUGCAGGAGCUGCGACGGAGCGUUGAUCAGAACAGCCUUCGGUUUCAGGGGGGCUUCAGGCCGGGUUCUUGCUGUCUCACUACUGGUGUGGUCGUCGACACCGGUGACGAUUUCACGAUGGCUUCGCUCUACUGCAUCUCACACGUUGGCUGA